UCUGGUGCUUUGUCUUCUCCUGCAGGACGGUUGGGUUCCACCUCCAGUAACAGCUCCUGUGGAAGUGCUGAGUACUCUGGAGAAGUCAUCCCGCACCAUCCAGGACUUCCCAAGUCUGAUCCUGGACAUUGGUGGGCUAGUUUUUUCUUUGGAAAACACACCCAUCCAGUGAUGACAACUGUGUCGGAAUCUCCAGAGAACUCAGGAACCUUCCAGGUAGCCAAUGGCUUGAUCACCUGUGACCUGGCCCAGGAAGUCAUGAGGAAGCGUCACGCCAGCGAACCCAGCAAGACCAGCCCGGCUCCCACAGCAUGAGGAAGGCCGGCGUUCAACAGCUGACGCUUCCGAUUUGACCGCUAAGGGGCUCCGGCCCAUUUUCCACUCCCCUUCCCUGUAGACUAGUUUAGGCUGCUUCUGAGUACAAUUAAUUUAGACGUAGGGUUUUUAUAAAAAUGAAAACGACAACUAUAAAUAUAUAUAUAUAUAUAUAUUCCACACGCACCAUUCUUUUCUACUCACUUGGGGAUCAACACAACUACGUCUUUUUUUUCCACACUGCCGCCUUGAUAGCGCGUUUUUCUUUCGUUUUGUACUUGUUGAAUGGGAACUAAUAAAAAGAUCUGAGCAGCCUUUUAAA